CGGUGUUCCAAAUCCAUCAGUAAUCGCUUCUGCUUUUAUCAAGUGCGUAUAUACUCAGUGCACUGUUUAUCAGACAAGCCAGUCAACAUCCACGGCGGCUGCCGGUCAUUACUGUGGCAACUUACACUGACGAGUAUCUCAUUCUCGCUCGCCAUCAUAAGCUUUUUUUUAUAAACUCUUGCAUUUUGUUUUGUAAUACCAACUAGAGUAACAAUGUUGGCUCAGCGAGUUGCGUGGCUGAUGCGGGGGUCGGCAGCGCGGCUAAGCGAGCAGGCGUCUUGUGCAGUAUUCGCAUCAACUUCAUCUCGCGCGUUUUCGGCUCAGCCCCAACCGAGCGCUGGCGCUGACGCCAAGGCCGACGCCGACAGCAUCGGCAACGCGAAAGUGCAAAAGCUUGCCGAGGAGAUUAUGGGACUGACAGUGCUGGAGUGCAGCUGGCUCUCUGAGAUUCUCCGAAAGAAGCUUGGCGUGCAGCAGCCGGCGUUCGGGGCCAUGCCUGCGAUGUCGUUCGCAAUGCCUGCGGCGCAAGCAGGAGGCGCGGCACCUGCUGCUGCGCCUGCUGCUGAGAAGAAGGAGGAGCCAAAGAAGGAGAAGACCGAGUUUGACGUAAAGCUUGAGGCGUUCUCAGCUGAGGGGAAGAUCAAGGUCAUCAAGGAAAUCCGCGCGCUUACCAACCUGGGUCUGAAGGAGGCAAAGGAGCUGGUGGAGAAGGCGCCAGUGGUCAUCAAGGCGGGCGUUUCCAAGGCGGACGCUGAGGCAAUGAAGAAGCAGCUCGAAACUGCUGGCGGGAAAGUGUCCUACGAGUAAGCGGAUGUACCUUCUGACGGAGCCGGAGCGCUUAUUGGUCGUAGCGUAUCAACUCAUUUUCUCAUGGAACGGCCCCGCAUGGCAUGGAUUGCGAAGGGUGCGCCAACCACCGGAUUUGAUGCAUGCGGUUGACAACUGCGGCGAGCGCUAUUAGGGGCAUUGGGCCUUAGCUAUGUUGCGUCCCUUUUAGGGUAGGACUUGGGUGACGGAAGGAGCUAGGAGCUAUCGUACAAUGCGUGCGGGUGGCAACAAGCCGUUACCGAGGCUUUAUGUGGUAUGAUGAGGGACAAUGUAAGGAGUGGUUACCAAUAGACGUGCUGCAGAUGUCGAGAGACUGUGGCCAAUAUGAGGUGCAUGAGUUUUCUACUGUAAACUCUAUUAGGUCUUCCCAUCAUGAGCACAUAUCGUGUUAAAUUAUG